GACAAGAUGUACUCCAUACAUACAAUGACAACAGACGACACAGCAUGCCUGAAAUUCCAUUCGUGUGUCGUCACCCUUGCUUCACCUCGUUUCUUCCCUUUUUUUAAUUUUUUUAUUUUUCUCCCCAAAAAAAAAUCCCUUCUUCUCCAGUUCCCUUGCUUUCCAAUGAUCACCCAUGGCCACCCCCCCAAAGACCACGAAUGCAGAGUGGAUGCAACCAAUGUGGGGUUGGGUGGAAUUCGCCUAUCGGCCUUUUCGUUGCGUUUGCUCACUCGCCCUUUUCCUCACCGCCACUAAGAGCCAGACCCGGUACGCUACGUACUUGCUUGCGGCUUUGCAACCCAUUGGGCGUCAGACAGGCCCCGGUCUUGUUCCUUUCUCCUCUUUGGCUUUUCUAGAACAUAGUGGGUUGAUGGCACGGGUGAGAUCGAGAUGGCUGGAACGGCUGCCAGCAUCCAUGCUCCUGCCUGACUUGUUGGAAUUCCUCAUCCAGGCGACCAUUAUGACACCAUCGACUCAUUCAGUUGGACGAAAAAGUUCCAGAAGGGAGCAGGCGGAAGAAAUGAUAGGCAUGGCAUCCCCGCAGUCAGAUCUUCUUCGGCGAUGAGGAAAUGCCACCGUUGGGCUUCAACGGUCUGAUCCAAUGCAGUUAUCGAGCCUGGUAUCUUCCAUUCCACUUUCCCCUGCCCGAUACUAUUUCAUUUACACCACAGGCCUUAUCCAGGCGCUACAUAUCAUCAAAGACUCGAUGCAACGGUAGUAGUAGACAUGCUAACCCU